CCUUUUCUUGCGUCGAGUUAUCGGCAAUCCCCAAAAACCGAAAGUUCCUCCUUCCUUCCUUAUCGGUAUUUGUUUAUCUAUUUAUGCAACUGCCUAAUUCUUCUCAUUUCUAAUGGCUCGUUCCAUCGCUCAAGCCCUAAAUCUGAUCCGAGCCACCACCGUCGCCGCCUCAUCUACCACCCGAAAUGCUCUUCUCCUCGUACCUUCUAGGACCGAGUCCACUCAGGCCGAAAGGAACACCGGAUCUGACACCCCGGAGGCGGAGGCCGAGGCGCUGGCGGUGCAGAGGAUCGAGGAUGCCAUUCACCGAAUCAUAGUACGGCGAUCGGCUCCCGAUUGGCUUCCGUUCCGUCCUGGUGCAUCCUACUGGGUCCCACCUCGACGUAGCUCCUACGGUGUUGCCGAUCUCGUUCACAAGCUCGCUAAUACGCUCACGGAAGAGGAAAUUAUGUCUCUCGCUACGUUCCGUGGCUGGCCUUCCUCUAACUUCUAUCUUGUUAAUGAGAAGAGUAAUAUGUCCAAAAAAGAAAUCCAGGCGGAGGACGAGGAAGUUUAACUGCAAGCUUGAGCAUGAAUUGGGAAAGCAACUGCUUCUCUACUGCUGUUGUUAAGGUUUACAAAUUUCUGUAAGUAAUGUAGCUGAACAGAGCAUUGAGGAAGCAUUUCCAAGCUGGAAUAUGUACAUACAAGCUUCCGGUCAUAUUUCUUUUAUACUAGGAGAGUAGUAUCUCAUCUAAUGUACAGUGUAGGUUUAUUUAUUUUGCACUAAUCCAAAUUUCCUGGUUUAGGUAAUGGGUAUUUCUGAAUAUAAGCUAGCUUUUUGCUAUGUUUCCGUUUUCCAGGUCACACCUUAAUCUCAUUAGAAAGCGGAAUUGGAUAUGCCCUAAUUAAUGUAAUGUUGUCAUAUCAGCUCUUGUAAAUACUUGAAAUAAAUUUUGGUUGUCCUUUAUUUGCUUAUUCUA